AUGAUCACGAAGCCUACGUUUGUCGGUAAAGGAUUCAACAGGCAGAACCCGAAGGCAGAGAGGUUCAUUAGACUGAUGGGACUUCGUCAGAAGUUCGCCCAUGUCAGCCAUCCUACUUUAGGCGUCACAUUGAAGGCCCCUAUCUUGUCCAUCAAGAAGAACCCACAGGACCCGAUGUACACUCGCCUCGGAGUUUUGACGCGUGGCACCGUUAUGGAGGUGAACGUCAGCGAGCUUGGAUUGACAACGACUUCAGGCAAAGCUGUCUGGGGAAGGUAUGCCCAGACCACGAAUAAUCCAGAGGGCGAGGGCACGGUUAAUGCGUAA